CGUGAUCUUUACGAUGUUAUCUUUCCGUAAUAGGAGUUGACUAUCGCAUUUGCGGCUAUUACGGCUCAGGGAGUGGACAUAAGGGGUCUAAAACAGAGACUAAACUUUUGGUGAGAUAUUUCAAGAAACAGCCCAACAACGACCAAAGAUUUUAAUUACCGGUAGGAUCUGUAAUUUCGCUAGUCUCUCGCAUCUGACGGCCACAGUUCAAAUGGACUCCAUACUUUAAGGCGUGUGGUCAUGAUACGCCCUGGAAUUCAACCCCGUUCGUAACAUUCCUAUACUUGUGUGCUAACUGUUGUCGAAUAUUGCUUAACUGAAUUGGAAUCAUUUGGGAAUCAUACAAACAGGCUAUUGGCGUCAACUUGUUUCCCUCCUAACAGAUGCAUGGUGAAGCAAAUCUUCGCACUUCUGUUUGUGGCCAUCUUUUUGUCCCCUUCUUUCACAACAUCUGUCACAGAGACGUGUGUCACGCCAGUCUGUCGUUGUUCAUCUUAUUCAAGUUAUAACGUGACGGUCAUUUGCUAUACAGACGACGUAAAGUACGACUUAAACCGUUCCAUAAAGAAGCCGGAGGAAAUCGUCGCUCUUACUGUCGUAGAUGAUAACGCUACCAAUAUACCAGAAGGCACAUUUGCCAAGUUCAUCAAUUUGAAAUACCUGGAACUCAAAUUCAAAAACUUGAAAACCUGGAAUGGGAAUAUUUCCCGCGAGCUACCUUCUCUCGAAGCAAUUUUAUUGGUGACUGAGAAUACCUUUGUUCCUCCUUCACACGUUCUCAAAGCGUCAAGCCUUCAGCGCAUCUCUGGUGUUACUUGGAGCAGUGCUUGCAACAACAAGACACUUAUAAAGAACCAAACUCACUCAAACGUGACGCUUUUCAAGAAAGGGGUGUAUGACAUUUACCCAAAGUCACGCUGUCGGGGUUCGCGCUACCUUGUCGAAUCAAUAUCUCGCUUAUUUGCUAAGUAUGGAUUUGUAAUUGCUUUCGAUGAAAAAUGCUUCACCUCUGAAGUGACAGUCAUCCCAAUGCAUCGAUGCUGGGACAGUGCCAAUGAAGCUCUAUAUAUUGAAUACCUGUUAACUCCAUUAAUAAUAAUCUUCAACUUGACAGUGUUUUUUACAAUGGCUACCACAAAAACACUCAGAAAACUACCUUGUAUGUUAUUUGUUGCAAAUUUGGCCUUGAGUGAUUUUUUCCUAGGAGUGUACACCCUUGCUAUCACGUCAUCACGUCACGCUAUGACUUAUCAAGCCUUCGUUGGCGUGAUGAGCUCUUUGUGUCCAGCUAUUGGUUUCGUGUGGGUUGUCGGGCAAUUUGCAGCAGCUCUUUCUUCAUUGCUGUUGACUACUGAACGAUACAUAGCAAUUAUCUUCUCCAUGAGACCAAGUAUCUCUGUCACAGCAAUAGCAUGCCUCUAUUGCAUGGCUGCCUCGUGGGCAAUAGCUGUAUUUAUGGCAUCCCUUCCAUUCUUCGGUGUGGGAACAUACACUACGACUACCUUCUGCCUUCCGAUCCAGCCUGCGAAGGGAAUCCCUCAUUCGUUUGCGUACAGCGCCAGUGUCGUCGCAAUUGGAAUUUUGUUGUACAUCAUCACUAUUCCCAUGUAUCUCCAUAUUUUUGUCCAUGUGAGGAACUCAGGAAAUCAAAUGGGUAUAAAGCGAGAUGGAAAACUGGCCAAAAAGAUUUCAAUCCUGGUCACAAGCAAUUUGAUGUUUUUUCUUGUUCCUGUGUUUAUAGGAGUAUUAUGGUUGAUGACUCAAACUUUCAGCAAAGUUUCUUUAACGACCAGAGAAAUUUUGGUGGGUUCAUUAACAACUGUUUGUUUUAGCAUCAACUCCUUUUUAAAUCCUCUUCUUUAUGCAUUUAGAGACAGAAGGUUUCGAGUGACAUUAAAGCAUAGAUUACACCGUCUUAUUCAUCCAAACACCACUUUUGUGCAACAAGUCAGCUAUAGAUCAGCGGCCGAUACAAGAUCUAAUGCCGGGAACACUAUAAAACUUAAAUAGAAAAAUAAAUCCACGCAGAUGAUCGUGUUGAUAUUAAAGUGUAGACGUAACCUUUUUUUUUUUGUCGUAAAG